CGGGAACGCGCCGCUUACUCUGAGUGACGACUCAUGAGCACGAGCAAAUGCUGUAAGGACACAGUCAUGGCGUCGUGCAUACGCUUAUUGCGCGGACCUCUUAGAUUAAUUAUAACACACAACGCAUUAAUAUCACAAAGCAAAUUAAUCCCGCAUAGUAAAAGUCAAUGGAGCGUGAGCUGGAGCUGCAGAUAUUUGUUUCAGUCGCCGUCAGUAUGGGCAGAGGUCGCUCCUCUGAAGGUCCAGAUGCCUGCACUCUCACCCACCAUGGAAGAAGGAAAUAUUGUCAAAUGGCUCAAGAAAGAAGGUGAUGUUGUUGAGGCUGGGGACGCUCUUUGUGAAAUUGAGACCGAUAAGGCUGUGGUUGUUAUGGAGUCCAAUGAGGAUGGUGUCCUUGCCAAAAUACUUGUGCAGGAAGGCAGUCGAGGUGUGCGUUUGGGAACUCUCAUUGCUUUGAUGGUUGGUGAAGGUGAAGACUGGAAAGAUGUUGAGAUCCCGCCCCUUGACCCCAUAACACCAGCUAGAGCUCCGCCUACUGCAGCUGACCCCGCUUCUCCUGUGGCACCGAUCCAUCCACCUGCAACAGUCAAGGCGUUACGUUUGAGUCCAGCUGCAAGACAUAUUUUGGACACACAUGGUCUGGACCCUGAUCUGGUGAUGCCUACUGGCCCACGAGGUCUUGUUACUAAAGAAGAUGUUCUGAAUCUGUUGAAUCAGCGGGGUAAAGGCCAAGCUGCUCCUCCUGCAAGAGCUGCUACUUCUCCUGCCCCAACCCCACCUCCACCAGCUGCCCCCACCACCGGUCGCCCCACUUACCCACCUGUUUCUGUUCCUGGUAAACCUGGAGCUUCGGGCACGUUCACCGAGAUACCAGCCUCUAAUGUUAGGAGAGUCAUCGCUCAGAGAUUAACGCAGUCGAAGACCACCAUACCCCACGCAUAUGCUUCAGUUGAAUGUGAUCUCAGUGCUGUCAUGAAGCUCAGAAAAGAUCUGGCCAAAGAAAACAUCAAGGUGUCAGUCAAUGAUUUUAUCAUUAAAGCUGCUGCUGCUACACUCAGAGAGAUGCCAGAGGUGAAUGUGAUUUGGUCCCCUGAGGGACCUCGAGCUCUUGACUCCAUUCACAUCUCUAUUGCCGUAGCAACACCGCGUGGUCUCAUCACACCCAUCAUUAAAGAUGCUGCUAACAAAGGCCUUCAGGAGAUCGCUUCCAAUGCAAAGGCUUUGGCCCAGAAAGCUCGGGAUGGGAAACUAUUACCAGAGGAGUAUCAGGGAGGAUCAUUCAGCAUCUCUAAUCUGGGAAUGUUUGGCAUUAGUGGAUUUAGUGCAGUUAUAAAUCCUCCUCAAGCGUGUAUUUUGGCUGUGGGCAGUACCAGGACUGAAGUCAGGUUGACAGAACAGAACCAGGACAGUUUGACUCCUGUCCUCUGUACUCAAGAGCUACUGACUGCUACGUUAUCCAGUGAUGGACGUCUAGUAGAUGAUGAACUUGCUUCACGCUUUCUGCAGAAAUUUCGUUCAAAUCUUGAGCAGCCUCAGCGUGUGAGCCUGGCAUAGAAAGAGCAACAGUGUCAUCAAAAGCAACAUUAUGAGCUUCAAGUGAAAAUAGGGUGAAAUACGGUGAAAGUUACUGCUUAUUUAUUCAUUAAGAUGUACUGUAUAUAAAGUUGUAUGAAGCACCAGGAGUCUCUUUUAAAUCCAGGCUCCAUUAAUAAAGUUUAGUUAUUAUGAUACCCUAACAGGAGGAUAUUUUCAUUAUUUUUCGGGUAUAAUUAAGUCGCUUACGCAAAAAUAAAUUCAUUAUAUACAGCUAUUGUCAGAUUACAAAAAAGUCAAAGCCAUCACAUCAUGUUUGGUCUGUUUGCUUUAUCUGAUAAUAAACUUGUCUUCUGCUGUA